GUAUAAUAAGCACAUGAUAGUAUCGUGAAUAUGCUGAAGAUGACGCCAAUGCCUGAUACAUUUCUGUGAUGCAUAAAGUAGAAUUGGAAUACUAUAUUUUGCAUGGUUUAUUAUGUGUUAUUUUAGUCUGAAAAAUCGAAUAGGCUAAAAGCUUAUCAGUAUAAAAACUCGCAACAACUACAGCGAAGUUCUGCAUUAUGUGCCAAUGCCUGCGAUAAUGUAUCAAAAAACAAGAUACAAGUUUAAAUGUAGAAAGCCAUUGAAAGUUAUCCAGCAAACCUGUUUUAUAUUUUCUCUUCUAAUAUUCUGAUCAAUACGAAGUGUUGUUUAGAAACAUUCAGGGUUGCCAUCGGUCAUAUACCAAGAUAUUUACAUUUCUUGGAUUAAUAAAUUGUAAAAGAAACUUUUGUUGUACGUUAAUUCAAAACUUAGAUAGAAAAUUAUUGCUUUCGAAAUAUUAAUACAGUUAAUUUAUAAUAUAUAAUCUAGAAUAUGACAACUGUCAAAUUCUUAAAAGUUUUUUUUAAUUUACCUUCUCGUCAGAUUCAUUCAUCAAACAUUCGGAAUGAAGCUGUUAUUAUCAGUGGAAAACAAAUUGCACAGGAAAUAAAGAAUGAUUUGAAAGGCGUCGUAGAUUCAUGGAUAGCAUCAGGUAAAAAAAGACCAAGAUUAGUAGCUAUUUUAGUUGGAAAUGAUCCUGCAAGUGAAGUUUACGUUGGUAGAAAAGUUAAAGCUGCUACAUCUGUUGGUAUUCAUGCUGAGACCAUUUAUCUAAAUGAAAAUAUUAAACAGGAAGAUUUAAUUCAAAGGAUUCAAAAUCUUAAUAAAGAUCCAGAUGUCGAUGGAAUUUUGGUUCAGUUGCCAUUACCCAAAGGAUUCAACGAAAAGGAAGCUUGUCAUACAGUGUUACCGCAUAAAGAUGUGGAUGGAUUCCAUUCAGAAAAUUUAGGCAAACUUAGUACUGAUAGUGAAGGUUUCGUUCCAGCAACUGCUUUGGCAGUUAGAGAAUUGAUACUGAGAUCUGGAGUCAAAACUAUGGGUCGAAAUGCUGUUGUUAUUGGUAGAUCUAAACAUGUAGGUCUUCCAACUGCUUUACUGCUUCAUGCCAAUGGGAAAGGUGAUACGAGAGCUUUAGAUAUGACUACAACUAUUUGCCAUAUUCAUACGCCUCGAGAGGAGUUGAUUAAAUUUUCCAGGCUCGCUGAUGUUUUAGUUUCUGCGACUGGAGUUCCUGGACUUGUAACUAAAGACAUGAUUAAGCCAGGAGCUUGUGUAAUUGAUGUUGGAAUUACCCGAGUUGAUACUCCUGAUGGUAAAACCAAGAUUGUUGGAGAUGUUGAUUAUGAGCAGGUUAAACAAGUUGCAGGAUUUAUUACUCCUGUUCCUGGAGGUGUUGGUCCUAUGACUGUUGCAAUGUUAAUGAAAAAUACCUUUUGGGCUGCUGAGAAAAAUUAUCAAAUGAAAAACAGUUUAUAAAUAUGAAAGAUAUCUAACUUUAUAAUUUUAUACAA